AUGGCAUCCAUCAAUGAACUACUCGAAGAGAGAAAGAAGAGGCUAAAUGCUUUAGCUCGCAAAACUCAAGAACAAGAUUUCGGACUGAAUGAAACGGGAGUUGGUGAGUUAAGUCCUGGAAGCGAGGAGCAUAAAACUAAGAAAGCAAAACCCGACACCCAACUUUCUAGCUCGUCUUCCUCACUUGAGAAUAAGCAGCCUGUAGCAGACGACAAUGACGAUACUGACGACAAUGACGAUACUGACGAUACUGCCGAUACUGCUGCACCUGAACAGUCUCCUAUAAGAAAACCCACCAGCGAUCUUGAAGAAAAGCUACGCCCGGAUCUUGACGAAUUAGAAAAACGAACCGAUCAAGCCAUACAGCGACUAGUACGACAGAGAUAUUUUGGUAUAAGUCAAAACAAUAACGGUCAGGACGAAAAGGCCUAA